AUGUUAAAAAGAGAUUAUUACAUUUGCUUCCAACCUCUCAUUAAAACAUUGGAAGAAAUCCGAUUAACUUUGGCCAAUGCCUUGUUCAACUACUGCUGCCGUAAAAGUUCUAUUCCUGUUCAGUGCACGUCGGCCUGCGAUUACGACAGAUACACUAGCCAGCUGGUCUCUUACAUGAUGUCAGGACAUUCCGAAUGCCCAACUGCAGCACUUUCAACCGUUCAUCUCUGCGCCUCUCGAGGUCAGGAUCAACGCGAUUGCUGCGCAAGGGCUGGCAUUCCCAGCCAGUGUAUCCGCUAUUGCGAUCCUUCGACGACUUCUAUGCAAACGUCACUACGAUUCCCUUGCCUCAUCUACUUGGACAAAAUGAAAGGUUUUAUAGCAGUCUAGGC